AUGCCUACUUCAUCCAACCUGACACAGACACUGGAAUAUGUCUUCAAAAGGAUUUUUGUGACUUACAUGGACAACUGGCGCAGGAACACAACAGCUGCACAAGAGGCCCUGCAAGCCAAGGUCGAUGCUGAGAACUUCUACUAUGUCAUCUUGUACCUUAUGGUUAUGAUCGGAAUGUUCUCUUUCAUCAUUGUAGCCAUCCUGGUGAGCACCGUGAAAUCCAAGAGACGAGAACACUCCAAUGACCCGUACCACCAGUACAUUGUGGAGGACUGGCAAGACAAGUACAAAAGUCAAAUUGUGAACCUGGGAGAAUCAAGGGCCACCAUCCACGAGAACACUGGUGCAGCGGGGCUCAGAAUAUCUCCUUGAUUAGCGAGAGAGGCAUACAGCCAACGUCUGAUAUGCAAAUAUGAAGAGACGCCAGUGUCAUGGAGCCAAUCCA